AUGAGAAAAAUAGUGUAUUUGCUCAUCGUGGCUAUUAUUUCCGCUGCUGUUCAAGGUGAAGAAAGUUCGCAAGAAUGUUCGCAAAAUCGCCGAAACAAACUAUUUGACCAGGAUUUCGGAUUAUCACUGACCCCCGAUGAUUUGAUAACUUCAAUGAUGUCUCCGUGGAUAAUGAGAGAUUACUACCGACCAUGGCGUUAUCUCGAAUCCAUUACUCGAGACUUGGGUUCUACUAUCAAGACUGAUAAAGAUAAGUUUACAAUUAAUUUGGAUGUACAGCAUUUUGCACCAGAUGAAAUUAGUGUGAAGACCGCUGAUGGGUACGUAGUCAUCGAAGCUAAACAUGAGGAGAAAAAAGAUGAACAUGGAUUUGUUUCGCGACAGUUCGUGCGAAAAUACGCCUUGCCCGAAGGAGCCGAGUCUGAUAAUGUAGUUUCACAACUUUCGAGUGAUGGUAUUCUAACCAUAACAGCACCCAGGAAAGAAGUUGAUGUUAAAGGAGAGAGAGUGGUGCCUAUUACGCAAACAGGACCUGUCCGAAAGGAAUCUAAAGAAUCUAAAGAAGGCUCUUGUAUAGCUGAAGAUAAAUGCCAU